UGCACCAUAGUCGCAAUCACCCACCCCUCGGACUCGACUCCCGGAGUUGGCCCGCCGCCGCCGCCGCCGCCGCCUCGCCUGCGUCGAUCUCCAUCCCGCGACCGGAGCUCCACCUGUGCCGGCGUCUGCUGCUUCCACCGCAUCCUCGCUAGCCUGCCCCGCCGUGAAACUGGACAAGAAUGGAGAACAUGCAGUAUGCUGAAGAACUAGUCAAGGAAUUUCUUGUGUUCAGAGGCUUCACGAGUACUCUGCAAUCGUACGAGUCGGAAUUGUCUACCGAGAUCGGGAGGAACUUUCAAGUAGACAAGAUCCUAGAUUUGGUUUUCUCGGUGUAUAUACCAAAGUACCAAUUGGAUAGGUUGCAAGGUCUGUUUACCUUUUUUAAGCAGUGCUUCACUUCACCUGCGGAUGCGGAGCUUUUCUCGGCUCUCAUUAAAUUGGAGCUGUCGGUGUUACGGUAUUAUGUUGUCAAUGCAUUGAAAUCUGGAAGACAAGACAAAGUAGUUGAAUUCUUCGGUGCUAAUGGCAAUUAUCUGCUGCAGAAGCGUGAAGACUGGCAAGCAUGGUUUGCUAUGCCAUAUAUCACGAGCCCAAGCUUGGAUCCACAAUUCCGUGUAUAUUUCUCCAAAGAAUGGUCGGACACUUUGAUUCUUUCAUUCCGAAAUUUUUUGAGCGGGAUAUUUAAUGGUCUUCGAAUUCCAGCUCUUCUCAAAAUUAGCACUGAAAAGAAUACCAUUAAAUGCCUAAAGAACGACAUAAAGCAACUGAAUAACAAAUUAUCAGAGCUACAAGCAUUGUUAGAGAUGAAGGAGACUGAAAUAUCUCAGUUGAGAAGGAAUAGUACUGGUGUUGAUUUGGGCAACAUGAAUGUUCCCAACACUAGUGCAGCUGACUCUUCUCUUGAAGGACAAGAUAUGCCAGGAGUUUUCGAAGAAUCCUCAGCUUCGAGAAGCGCUGCACAGGGUUUUGAUUCACAGUCUUCGAGCUCAGUGAAAUCUUCUACAAGAGAUGAGAAAUUGCACAAAUCUUUUCAAAUAAGCAAUGCAGAGAACGAGCAGAUUUUGGUGACAGAGGAUGACUUUCCAGAAGUGAAAGUGGAUUUUCAGGAAACAUUUUUAGGCCAUAACAGUUCAAUUAGCUGCUGUCGAUUUUCUGCAUCUGGAUCAAAUGUUGCAAGUUCUUCCGUUGAUGGUACAGUGAGAAUCUGGACAUAUGAUUCCUCAACACCAUCAUCCAAAAAUGCCACUAUAUACUGUGGGUCUGAAGUCAGUGCUCUUUCUUGGGAAUGCAGAUCUGACCGCUUGCUGCUCAUAGGCACAGCUAAUGGUGGCAUUAAAGCUUGGAAUGCUGAUGCAAAGAGAGUUGUUUGCGACCUCAGUACAUCAAAAGACUUUCCCAGUGUGUUAGAUUUGAAGUGUAGCCCUGUAGAACCUGUGUUUGUCUCUGCAGCUGCAUCUAGACGGCCUGGAUCAACUAUAUUUGACAGAACAGGAUUUGCUUCCUUGACUGUAUGGCAUAUGAAAACAUGGAAACCUCUGACAGUUCUACCACUUGGGGAGGACCCACCUGCUAUUACUUCAGUUUGCUUCAAUCAUAAUGGAAAAAUCUUGGCAGCUUCUGCAACAGAUGGGAUGAUUCACAUGUUUGACAUGUCUGCUGGUCUUCAGAUCACUGGAUGGCCUGCCCAUGAUUCCCCUGUCAGCUCUGUUCUUUUCGGGCCUGCUGAAACUAGUAUAUUUAGUUUGGGCUCAGAUGGAAAGAUAUUUGAGUGGAGCCUGCACAAUCAAGGCCAGAUUCUUUGGUCAAGAGAUUGCAGUAGGUUUUGCAGUCCAGAGAGCUUUAGCAAACGCAUGCAUGAGAUAUCAUUGGAUUCUGAUGGCAAGAGGCUGUUGGUUACAUCGGGUCUUGUCCGGGCUCCUAUAUAUCAGGUACAAGGCCAUGAAAGUGGGCUGAGGACACUUGCUCAUAGUGCAUCUAUUACAAGUGUGGAUUGGCACCCGACGCUACCAAUGUACAUUACUGGGUCUGCAGACAACUCUGUCCGGGUCACAUCCAUUGUAUGAAUCAAUCUGUGAGUGUGACAGGCAGAUUGCUCUCGAGGCCUUGUUGAUUUCUCGAUGCAACCACAUACGCCAUUCCAUGAGGUGACCAGUGGUGCGCCAAAUGAUUAUCCAUUUUCCUAAAUAGGCCUGGCCUCUGGGUUUCAAAUCCCCAAUACGUGCUUCUUUUCCUACCAUAUACCGACUCAGUUGUCAUGUCCAGAUUAGUGGCCUUUGGUUCAGGAUACAUUUUUGCGUUGAAGGUGUCCUGCGAUGGUGAGCUUCUAUAACCUUUUUGCUGUAGAACUGCAUGAGUUAUGCAAUCUUUACAACAGGGUUUGGGAAUUAAAAUCGUAGCAGCAGGUUUCGUCCUAAAGCAAAACAGUUUUGUAAUCCUUGUAACGGCAGCUGGUGAUGAACAGUAUCAGUGUGUGUGGUGUCAGCCAUUUGUUUAUUGCAACAACAUUGUAGCCUAGCAUUUGAACCAAACAAGUACAGGGCCCAAGUAUUACUACAUUUGUUGCAUCGACAUGAGCAUUGUUUGUGUGGUUGGGACCAAAUUGACCUCUAAAAAGGUGUCCUGUUCUUCCCUGCUGCUUUUAUUGUGUGUAAAACUAUAUAUCUCAACAUUGUGAGUUUAUAUACA